UUAAAAGGGGCGAGGUCGGUGGAGCGAGCGGAUGAGGGGACCAGAGAGGCCUGACUGGCUAGCUGGCUGGCUGUCUCAUCGAUUUUUUUUUUAUCUGCCUGUGGUCAGUGGAAUGAGCGCCCAUUGGCAGAAGGGGUGCGAGCAGCCUGGUGUGAAACUGGCGAAAACGAGUGUGCAACAGAGCGCCGCGCGCCACCUGAGCGCACACAGGCGCGCACAGACACACGCGGGCUCGCGACGUGCAUACAUUCGCGCCGCCGGCCAUUAAGGCAAUGGACAGCCACAGGGGGGCGCUAUGCUCUCAGCUACGGUGGGCACCGCAGGCUUGGGGACAUCUGUGCUGUAAUGAAACGGACGUUACCUGCGCAGGAGUAAAUGGGCGGGCGUGUCGAGCCGGUGACAAACAGGUGGCCCCGUCCAGCAGAAAUGGGCUUGGCCUUCAGUUACUGUCAGCGAUGCAGUGGGAUUUGGAAGCCAUGAUUUCGCUCCUCCUGUCUCGUGCCCCAAAGCCGGAGCUGGGGUCUCGGCCGCUACUGGCCCUGCUGGCCGGCCUGUUCGUCCUCUUCUUGUGGUACUGCUAUCGGAUUGGGACGGAGGACCAGGAGCCAGACAGCUCCAGCAGCAGGCGAACCAGGGGUCGGAUAAAAGCGCUGGGAGUGUCCGGAGCCAUGGGUGGUGAGGUUGGACUGGGAAUUAUCGGCAUCACCCCAUCGGAGCACGGCUACUUCUCUCCGAUAAGUUCUGGCCAUCCAUUCCAAGACCUGGACCAGGUGUCGCCAGGCCGACGCAAGCUGUACAGGAGUCUGCAGGACUACGCCAAGCGCUACUCGUGGUCUGGCAUGGGACGAGUCCACAAGGGGGUGCGAGAGCAGGCUCGCUACCUCUCUGACCGCCUGUCCAUCCAGAAGCCCAAGCUCUUCUACCUGCCUGAUGUCCCAAGCAUGCCAUACUUCACACGGGAUGCCCAGCGGCAUGAUAUUGAGGUGCUGGAGGCCAGCUUCCCUGCCAUCUUGGCCGAGUUUGAGGUGGUCUACCAGCGUGGACUGGAGGGCAAACUAGGGUGGACCAGUGGAGGUACACAGGCUAAGGGCCACUUCUCUUUCUUCCUCUUCACAAAGGGGGUGUGGGUGCCCCAGAACUGCCGCAGCUGUCCCCGCACCUACCGCGUCCUCAGCUCCCUCCGCACCUUCAUCAACGGAAACAUCUUUGGCAAUGCUGGCUUCUCCCUUCUGCAGCCUGGCACCAGCCUGCCAGGGACCUACGGGCCCACCAACACUCGCCUGCGCUGUCAUCUGGGUCUGAAGGUGCCCACAGGGUGUGAGCUGGUGGUGGGCGGUGAGCCACAGUGCUGGUCGGAGGGCUACUGCCUCCUGGUGGACGACUCCUUUCUGCACACGACGGCUCAUAAUGGAAGCCCUGAGGACGGCCCCUGCGUGGUCUUCACCGUCGAUCUCUGGCACCCCAACGUGGCUGCUGCUGAGAGACAAGCCUUGGAUUACAUCUUUGCCCCUGGCCGCUGAAGCAGAUGUCCAUUUGAGACCACCGACCCACCAAACCCCCCACCCCUACCACCAUACCCUGUCCACUGCUGUGCUUCCAGAGCGUAGACCUCCGAGAGACUGGACCCCAACAGCUGGGGCAGGGGAUGUGGCCACCUCCCAAAGUUCCUGACUGGACACUGGCAUCCUGGGUGGGCCCAGGAGACGUCCGCCUCUUACACUCGAGUGCCCGUCGUCGUGUGCCCGCUUUGUGUCCGGUGUAACGGUGGCCUGGAGGACAUGUGACCAUAAUGACACACAUCAAUAAAGCUCGCUGAAAAACGGGGUGUCAAAUCAGACCGUCCCACUUGAGCGUCCAUCAGUCUGUCUCUGUGCCCCCCACUCACCUCUGUGUCUUCCAUCCAUCCUCUCUCUGUAUAAGAAUUGCAGUUUUUAUUGGAAAUUAAUAACGAAAAUCAGCAACAA